CGUUUCAGGUGUCUAUAGUGAGCGCUAGCCGCGGUUUGAGAAGGAGCACACAGACGCGAUAAAGGGCGCAGAAAGAAGCUAAGUUCUCAUGAAGAAGCCCACUGCAAAUUAGCAAACAUCCUCGCAACUCAAGUUCUAAACAACAGCCGGAUAAUACUAAACCACACUCGAGAAACCCCACACAAGACAGGAUUAUUCAACAAACAGCUGAUGACGCUUUCUUAACCUGUUGACAUGAAAGCUUUUUGUGCAAAACAUUUAGCUGAGGCUCACUGGUGAACCGCAACACCUUAUUUUCGCGUCUCAAAUGACAGGCAACAUACUCUCUCCCGGAUCUGUACUACGAUCUUGAGCUCUGAGGAAGACACCAAUGCCAGGAAUCAGUGCAAACGCAUCGCGAAAUGAGAAGUGGGAGAUGGAGGAAUACGACCAAUAUCAGCACUAUUUCUACGACGAUCUCAACUUGGACGAGGACGACUUCUUCAAAUCGACGGCGCCAAGUGAGGACAUUUGGAAGAAAUUCGAGCUCGUGCCAACCCCGCCCCUGUCGCCCGUCAGGAGACUGGAAGGUACCGGUCCAUCUCCAGGGGACAGACUAGAGUGGGUGUCCCAGUUCAUAGGACAGGACGACGAGCAGGAGGGACCGUGCAAACUGAACGCGGAGGAGACUCUGGAGAACUUCAGCUCCAUCAUUAUUCACGACUGCAUGUGGAGCGGUUUCUCCGCCAGUCAGAAGCAGGAGAAAGUUGUCAGCGGGCGCUUGUCCUGCUCUGCACAGUCGAAGCUCUCCAGCAAGGCGCAGUGCGUCCCAGCGGACGCGCCUGCUCUCAACAGCUUGGCGACAGAUUGCGUGGAUCCAGCAGCUGUCCUUACCUUCCCCCUGAGCAGCAGCUGCAAGAAACAGGUGUCAUCCGGGUCAGAAUCUCGCAGCGACUCCUCUGAUGAUGAAGAGAUUGAUGUAGUGACGGUGGAACAUAAGCAGAAGAAAUCGCGCUUGGUGAACGCCCGUAAACCAGUGACCAUCACAGUUCGUGCAGACCCCUAUGACACUUGCAUGAAGCGUUUCCACAUCUCCAUUCACCAGCAACAGCACAACUACGCUGCCCGCUCUCCCGACAGUUAUCCUGAAGAGGAGCCACCUCGCAAGAAGAUCAGGCAAGAGACCUUGCAGCCACGAGUGGGUUCCACACCCCAAACCCCAGAAAGAAAAAGCCCCUUGCCUUCCCCCUCAGUCCCCACUCCAUCUCAGACGGUCUCUGAUUCUCCAACACACACAUCCUACCACCUCAAAUCCCAACCAUCCAGCCCUCAGAGUUCAGACUGUGAGGACACGGACAAGCGGAAAACACAUAACUUCUUGGAGCGGAAAAGACGCAAUGACCUCCGUUCCAGAUUUCUGGCCCUUCGGGAUGAGAUCCCAGGUCUGGUUGACUGUCCCAAGACGCCCAAAGUUGUGAUCUUGACCAAGGCCACAGAAUACCUGCGUACGCUGCACGUCAGCGACAAACAGAAGGCGCACGUGAAGAAGCAGCUGAAAAACAGACAACAGCAGCUACUACGAAGACUUGCUGAACUAAAACGUGCAUAAACCUUCAUAGUCCAACCAUUUUUUCAAUAGGAACUGUGUAGAACUACGUUUUCUCCAAAAGUGGGAUAUUUAAUGGAACGGACUCUGUAUUUUGAGAUUGGUUCUUCAGUUUUUGUUCUUUGCACAUUUGCCUUCGCAACGGGGGAGACGAACUUGUGGAAGCUGUGGAACUGGUUCGAGCAUUUUUCAAAGCGGGUCAUAAUUUCAGAUUUUCAUUUUGAAAUUUCAAGAUUUAAACCAUGAAUGUGCGUUAUCUUAAAUUCUUUUGCGAAAGCUUAAGUAUUUGGGCGGGGAAGUAUUAUUUCAUUGAAUUAGCAUGCCAAAUUAAGCAUUGUUUGAAAAUGUAGCAAAUUUAUAUGCAUGUGUAAUUGAUCUUCUAAACCAUCAAGCCUUUUUUGGCGGGGGAAUCUUGAAUUUAUCUAGGUAAAUACUCAAAGUAACUUCUCCGUUAAUAGUGCUUUAUCUAAAUUAACCUAAAUUUAAGGAGAGCUGUGUGCCCCCGUUGCCACAUGAUGACCGAUUAAGUUUAACAGACAGGAAGUUGCAUCACUGUUGCUUUGUUACAUUGUGUUCCACUGUUUUUUUCAGUUAUUGUUGUAUAUUAUUGUUAACAUUCAGGACCGUUUCCAGCACAGCCUUGCAGUGUAUAUAAACUGUGGCAUAUUCUUCAGACAUAUGUAUAUAAUAAUAGUGGUGUACAGGACAUUGUGUAAAAAUACAUACUUUGUGUUUUGAAUAUGAAAAUCAGCACUGUUAAUAGAUUUUAUUUUCUGUUUUUCUGUCAUCUGUCCUAAAACUUGGUUGGCCCACCUGCCUUCCCUAGAGAUCUCAAAGUUUCUAUUUUUGUUAAGAAAAGUUGUAAAAAAUGUCAAAAAGAUAAAUAAAACAAAACUAUCAAUGUUUCAUUUCCAUCACUAGCCACUUUAUGCUGUUUUCACUGACUAUUCCCUUUGUGUUUGGAAAUUUCUUUGUCUUUUCACUCUUGUGGCAGAAAAAAAAUGCUAAAAGAAUUUUGUACUAGUUAUAUUUUCUUACAGAAUUAAUUGUAUCAUUGUUUGAUUUCUAUUUAAAUAUAAAGUUGUACUGAUGGCAUAUGCUUACUUAUUUCCCAAUAUGACCAUGUGGUCAUUUGAAGUUUAUGCACAUGGUCAUUUGUCAUGCAAUUAUUUGUCAAAAAUAAAGGCCAUGUGCUCAAAGCAAUCACCA